AAAAGAAAGAACAAUACUUGUAACAUAAAAAUACCUUGUAAACAAUCUUUUUUUCUCAAAAUGAAGAAUACUCAACGUCAGUUAUCUUCAUCUUUCAUGAAAUUCUUGGAGGACAAGAACAGAGACUUAGAGGCUGUGUUUGCUUACAUGGAUGCAAACAGAGAUGGUAGAAUCUCUGCAGAGGAGCUUAAGAAGAGUUUCAAGACAUUGGGAGAGCAAAUGUCUGAUGAAGAAGCCGAGGCUGCGGUUAAACUGUCUGAUAUAGACGGUGAUGGCAUGUUGGAUUUUCAUGAGUUUGCUCAGCUUAUCAAAGGGAAUGAUGAAUUCACUGAGGAAGAGAAGAAGAGGAAGAUUAUGGAAGCUUUUAGAAUGUAUAUUGCUGAUGGGGAAGAUUGCAUUACCCCGGGAAGCUUGAAGAUGAUGCUAUUGAAGCUUGGUGAGUCGAGAACCACUGACGAUUGCAAAGUUAUGAUUCAAGCUUUUGAUCUCAAUGCUGAUGGAGUUCUAAGCUUUGACGAGUUUGCUCUCAUGAUGCGCUAAGCUUUGUUGUUUCGUCUGUAUAGUUUUUGUUUGAUUGCUGUGUAAAUAAGGCUUUGCAAGCAAUAUCCAAAAACAUGUUUUAUACUA